GAGGAGAUAAUGCAGGGUUUUAUUUCAACUAUGAAGGUGGACAGCGACAGCAGACUCAUCAGCCACCAUCGUACCAGAAGGACUCCCUGAUUAACAGCUCUGUGGUGUUCCAGAACCCAUCAGAGAGUGUCCCCAAGAGGGACUACAGUGAGAUGCCCCUUCUAGCUGCUCCCCCUCAGGACGGACAGAAGAUCGCCUUCAAGCUGCUGGAGCUGACAGAGAACUACACACCAGAGGUGUCUGAGUAUAAAGAGGGGAAAAUCAUUCAUUUCGACCACAGCACCAAACAGAUUGAGCUCGAACUGCUCUCUGCUUAUCAAGCGCCCGUGGAGCCGGGAAGUUUGACCUGGUGUAUCAGAACGCGGACGGAUCCGAGAGUGUGGAGUACGCUGUGUCCCGGGGCUCCAGGGUGACUGAACGUUGGGACUCACUGCUGGAACCCAGGCUAGUUGUUGGGAAUUUGAGCUGAGGAACAAGAUGGACGUUCUUGGUCGACUUGGCCCAGGCAUUUCUAUAACACUGGCCCAUUUCCCC